GUAGUUUGUUAGUUGAAGUAUGCAAAUAGCCAAAUAUAAUCAGGACGUAUUGGGCUCUAUACAUUCUAAAACAAACACCGAGCCUUCUCCUCGACUAAGUUAUGUAACCUACCCUGCAAUCUGGGUAUUAAAAACCUGCUAUCAUUUCAGCAAACUGAUUGUUCAGGUUGACAUUCAGGACCUUCGGAACACAGAACCGAGACGUAGGACGACGCCAUAACCGUUUUUUUCCAUACUUCAGUGAGGAAAAGUGUAGGCCAUCAUUCAUAUUUCCUUACUCAUUUCAUGGAGUUUUAUGCCAAAGGCUUACAAAGAGUCAUCAAGAUGAUAUGUGCCUAUAACUCAGAGAGAUAGCUAUACACAAAACAGAAGAAGCUUUUUUUGUUAUUUCGCUGUCAAGCAACCACCAAUUCCUGUGCACAUUUUCAAGUCGCCCUUCGUCAAGACACUCUUAGAAGCUUUCACAUCAGCAAGCUAGGCUGCUCAUGAAAAUUCGCCUGAAUCCCAACUCUUGUAGCAAGAUACGGAGUAAUUCGCAGAGGUAGAGGGUUGUUUGUUUAUGAAAUAUAUACUUCCAAUUUCAUAAAUAUUCUCUUAGAAGAAAAGUAGACCAGUUACAAUCAGAGAAACAAUGGCAUUACUGACUGACUCAUACGGAGUCCUCUUGGCCACCAUAAGCCUUGUUCUGACGCUGGUAUGGUACUUUAAGAGCUCAAGCUUUCGGAGAUUUCGUCAUCUACCACCAGGCCCCCUCGGGUAUCCCAUCGUCGGCAUGUUACCCUACCUCGACGAGAAAUAUCCUUCUGUUGGUAUCACAAAACUGUCCAAGAGAUAUGGGCCGAUCUUCGGGGGUUUUCUGGGCAGCUACCGAGCGGUGUUCCUGAACGAUUACGAGACGAUAAAAGAAGCUUUCUCAAGAACUGACGAUAUCUUCAGUGAUCGGCCGAGGAUUUCGGCAUUCGAACUUUACAGCGACGGGCAAGGAGUUGCAUGCUGCUACAUUGAAAACCAUUGGAAAGAACAACGUCGGUUCACACUUCGCGCCCUGCGGAACUACGGCAUGGGUCGUCUCCAGGGCUCCCUACGAGACGCCAUCGAUGUCGAGAUUUCAAUCAUGAUGAAGGAAUUCUCCAAGAUCAAGAAACCUUUUAAUCCAUUCAUCUACAUCAUGUCGACUGUCUGUGACAUCACCUGUAAGAUGGUUUUCGGUCGGCGAUUCGAGUACGACGAUGACAAGUUUACCGAUUUCCUUCACAAGCUUGACAGGAUAUUUGAAAUGACUGGCGUAGCAGGAGUGACAAAUUACCUAAGCUGGAUGAAGUACGUCCCUUUCAGCGGGUACCAUGAACUGGGGAACGCCGUCAAACAACUGGAGAAUGGUCUCUUCACCGGAGAAUGCGAAGAACAUCAAAGAACCUUCGAUCCAAGCAGGGAUCCCCGUGAUCUUAUCGAUGCCUUCCUCCUUGAGAUGCACAAGAAAGAAGAGGAGAGGGCGAAUAAUAACGGAGAGCUUCUGGCUCCGACGGGUUUCAGCCGGGAACAGUUACUGCAUUUCAUAGGGGAUAUUUUUGCAGCGGGGACAGAUACGACAGCUUCGUCUUUGAAAUGGACUUUCCUUCAUCUGAUCAAAUAUGAAGAUGAGCAACGUAAGAUGCAAGAAGAAAUUGAUCGUGUUGUAGGACGGGACAGAUUACCAACCCUAGAAGAUAGACCAAGUCUACCGUACACCCAGGCAUUCUUAACAGAAAGUUUGCGACGCGGAAGCCCUGGACCACUAGGUGUGCCGCAUGGGUCUAAAGAAGAUGCGAAAUUUCGUGGCUUCGACAUCCCCAAAGGGACCGUGGUCAUCGCGAACCUUCAAGCUGUGCUCCAUGAUCCAAAUGUGUUCCCAGAACCACAAAAAUUCAACCCAUCCCGUUACCUAGACGACCAAGGCCAGCUGAAGACGUCGCUAGUGGAACGGGCACGUUCUCAGUUUGGAAUAGGGCGUAGACAUUGCGUUGGAUCGGACAUGGCCAUGAUGGAACGGUUUAUAUUGGUGUCCAACCUUACCCAUCGCUUCAACGCCAGGGCGCCACAAGGACCAGACUCGGUAAGCCUUGAGCCAAGGAGCGGACUGACCUACAUCCCCAUGCCAUUUGAGAUAGAACUUACACAGCGAUAGUCUCAACUCUAGAUAAACAGAGACUCCGACUCUUUCGCUUUCGACGGGUUCUUGGGGUUGGAGUCUCUAUUAUCAUCUACGGCUUUUCUCCCCAAAAUGUGUCGGCAUUUGUCAUCGAUGUGCCCUAAUGAAUUUAAAACGUCAUUCGGUGAUCACGGCAAGGGUCAGGAAGACAGCUUGUUGAAUGGGAGGGAGGGAUGAGAUAGGGGAUGAGAAAAUAAGAGACUUCGCCAACCACAAUGGACUGUUACUAUCAGAAUUUAUGUACAAAUAAACCGAUACAGAGUGACACGCGACCUAAAUUUCUCCCUUAGUUCAUGUUGAUGGUUAUUUUCUAGAGGUUUAAUAUUUUUCCUCCUGAUUAUCAUUAUCAUAGAAGUCUUCAUUUAGAGAGAAGACGAAAACGGAAAAUAACAUGAUAAAGAUUAAUGAGUUCGUCGUGUUUUCUUUUAAUUUUGAAAUUAUUUUUACAGAGGGAUUUCAAAAGUUUAUCACUAUGAUCAAUGCUAGUUUCUGACGAAGGAAUAAUGCUAUAUAAAACCAUUCUUCACAAUUGUAGCAAUCCAGACUGCAUUUUAAUGCCAAUUAGGCCUAAUAAAAUUAAUUACCAGACUGUAUAUUCUAAAAUAUAUUCACCUUUGGUCAUAAAGGUAUAAAUACUCUCUAGAUGUACAUGGUUGUAUCUGAUCUAACUUUACUUGCUUUUUCAUAUCGUACUUUGUAUAUUUAUCAAUGUGUAUUGUCUAAUUGAUUAUUUUUCUUAUUUUGUUAAAAGAAAUCAAUCAACUUUAUCAUCAA